CCCAUUAUUGUUGUCUGAAAAAGGGAGAAAACUCUAAUUGUCUUUGUUAUCGUGUGGGUGCAAUAAAAUCUUGUAGCAAUAUUGGCAUUUUUCUCGUUUCUUGGUUUCAUUUCCAAAGCAGAAUUUUUUCCGCCAUUCGGUAGAUUCCUAGAGUACUAUUUUCUGUUUUUUUUUUUUUCCACUUAUUUACGUGCUUGUUGGGAGUUGGUCAGAGCGGCAUUAAAGACACUUUUGAUUUGUUGGCGCUCGUAGAUCAAGCCAUUUCGAGGAAACAUCUUGGUGGAGAAUUGGCUCCCUAAGGCCCUUUCGGUGCCACCUUUGUUCCACUUCAGCUCGUUUCCCUCUUUCUUUAGUUCAGUGGUGAAUUGUGAAGUGGAAUGCGUCUUCAGUUUGUCUCCCUUUUAGGAACUCUUUGAGCAGCCGCUGAUUUUUCUGUUUUUAAGGGUUUUCCUUCAAGAAAAAUGCUUAUUCGCCAGAGCUCAAUGGUGGUGGUGAUGACCCGAAUUUUAGAAUGUUGUAUUGAAGGUUGUUUUGUGGUUUGACUCGUUUCUUGUCAAAAUCGAGUUCCUCAGUUUAUGGAACUUGAUCUUGUGUCGGUUGCUCUUGGCACUCGAUGAUUUUCUUUCCCAGCCUUUUCUGACUGAAGCGUGAGAUCCAUGGCUCAGCAGAACGAUGGAUGGCCCCUUGGCUUGCAACCUUUACAUGUGAGAGUGAGAUUGAUGGAAAACCGUGUUUUAACAGAAGCCAAUGCUUUCAACACAUUGAUUGCUGUAUCCCCAAGUGUGUCUUCACGCUCUUCAUCAGAUCUUGAUACAGUGUCAACUACAUCUUUCUUACAUGAGAAGAGCAUCACUCUGGGGAACUUGAUCGGCCUUCCUCGUGAGUUGGAGGUCUCAAGUGCAAGAAUAGAUGUCCAAGAUGUUCAAAGCAGGAGAAGCCACCACAAGAAUUCUCGGCCCCGGGUUUGGUGCUGUCUAUCUUCAGCAACAGGGAGUCACCCCUUGGAUCAUCCUUCUGCCUCUCAAUCUCUAGGCCAUUUUCUUGAAGUUGAAAGGGCUGCUGCUCGCAACCGAAGUCAGAACCUGUUCAUCAAUUUUAUGUAUGAAGAAUUCACGGCUAACCCAUCGAUUGUAGGAAAUAACCCGCUGUUUUCAGGUGGCCAAGUUCUCCCUCCACAAGCCGAAAACCCAUCAAAUAAACUGCACCGGCGGCCUGCAGAAAUAAGCUGUUCAUGGUUAACUCUUUUCCCUGGGCUGUGUGGCCAAACUAGUGACCACUCCUAGCCUUGUGAAUCUAAAGCUUGACUAGUCGACUUUCAAAGCCUUUUCUGAGGUUCUGAUAGCAAGAUUUCAGUCAUUUUGACCCAAGUCACAAUAUUGUUUCUUUGGGAUUUGAGUCUCAUGCUCAAAUAAAUUCAGAGAAGUGUUAUCGUCCCAUCCGUCUUACUGUGUACCGGUUAACAUUUGCAUUCAUUUUAUUUGACAAGCUUUGCAAUUGUACACUGUAAUUUUUUCAGAACAAACUGCGAAUAGUAUGCUGACAGCACUAAAUGUAA